UUUUUUUUCUUUUUUUUUUUUUUUUUCCCCUUCACCUGCACUAUCCAGGGUGAAUCCGGGUGCAGCUGAUGUAUGGAAAAGAAGAAGGAUCCGAGUCAAUAUUUUCUUUUCUCUUCGCUAAGCUGAGGGAUAGGAUUUUAAUUAUUUAUCCACCCGAACCCUCUCCGGGUAAGACGCUGCUGGAGCCAGUGGGAUAGUCCUGCCUUGCACAAUUAUUAAAGAGACUGAUCACGUACAGUGGAAGGAUAAGAGGAGCGUCCACCAAACCCAUUUUGCCUCCUGUGAAAAAAAAAAAAAGGAGAACAUUGCCACACUAUUGAAUUGAUUGCUGCCCCCCCUCACCCAUCCCCCUCCCGGCCUCCCCCCCCCCUCGAAUCACCACCACAACAAAAAAAAAAAUCCGCUGGGAUCUGCCUGCACCGGGACCUCCUUCGCUCCGGCUCGGAGGUGGAUGCAUUUUUCAUGAGCGCUGGGUGAACAGGUGCAAAGUGCGGCGGGGCGGCCCGGCCCCGCACCCCGGCCCGCUUCGGGGCGGUGUGUGCGUGUGUCUGUGUCUGCCCGUGUGUGUGUGCGUGUGUGUGCGCCCCGGCGUGUGCAUGUGUGCGUGUGUGUACUAGGAGAUUAUGGAGAGCAGCGACCGGGACAUGUACCGCCAGUUUCAAGACUGGUGUCUCAGGACUUACGGGGACUCAGGAAAAACCAAGACGGUGACCCGUAAAAAAUACGACCGGAUCGUCCAGCUCUUGAACGGCUCCGAGUCGAGCUCCACGGAUAAUGCCAAAUUCAAAUUCUGGGUCAAAUCUAAAGGCUUCCAGCUCGGCAACUCGGACGAGGAUGGAGUAGGUGUAGAUGAGAAGCUGUCUUUACGGCGGGUAGCCGUCGUAGAAGAUUUCUUUGACAUUAUCUAUUCCAUGCAUGUUGAAACUGGGCCUAAUGGAGAACAAAUCAGAAAACAUGCUGGACAAAAGAGAACGUAUAAAGCAAUUUCAGAGACCUAUGCCUUCCUACCGAGAGAAGCGGUGACACGAUUUCUAAUGAGCUGCUCAGAGUGCCAGAAAAGAAUGCAUUUAAACCCAGAUGGAGCGGAUCAUAAAGAUAAUGGAAAACCUCCAACUUUGGUGACCAGUAUGAUUGAUUACAACAUGCCAAUUACUAUGGCUUAUAUGAAACACAUGAAGCUGCAGCUACUAAAUUCACAGCAAGAUGAGGAUGAAAGCUCUAUAGAAAGUGAUGAGUUUGAUAUGAGUGACUCAACUAGGAUGUCCGCUGUGAACUCUGACCUCAGCUCGAAUCUGGAAGAGAGAAUGCAAAGUCCUCAGAACCUCCAGGGCCAGCAGGAUGAUGAUUCAGCCGCAGAGAGUUUUAAUGGCAAUGAGACCGUGGGACACAGUUCCAAUGCUUCAGGGGGAACACACUGCAGGGAGAUGGCAGAAACCAACAGUAAUGGCAAAACAAAUCUGGAGCAGGAUGAGCAGCCUCUGAACCUGAGUGACAGUCCCCUCUCUGCUCAGCUGACUUCAGAAUACAGACUAGAUGAUCACAGCAGUAAUGGAAAGAACAAAUACAAGACUCUCCUAAUUUCUGAUCUCAAGAUGGAACGGGAGUCAAGAGAAAAUGGAAGCAAGUCCCCUGCACAUAGCUAUUCAAGCUAUGACUCUGGCAAGAAUGAGAGUGUAGGCAGAGGUGCUGAAGAUCUGUCUCUGAAUCGAGGAGAUGAGGAUGAGGAUGACCAUGACGAGCAGGAAGAUCCUGAGAAGGUUAAUGAAUCAGAUGGAGUAGAAGCUGAGCGACUGAAAGCUUUUAACAUGUUUGUCAGGCUGUUUGUAGAUGAAAACUUGGACCGAAUGGUCCCAAUCUCUAAGCAGCCCAAAGAAAAGAUCCAGGCUAUCAUUGACUCAUGCAGGCGACAAUUCCCUGAGUAUCAAGAGCGUGCCAGAAAACGCAUACGUACUUACCUCAAGUCCUGCAGGCGGAUGAAAAGAAGUGGUUUUGAGAUGUCACGACCUAUUCCCUCACACCUUACUUCAGCAGUUGCAGAGAGUAUCCUGGCUUCCGCCUGUGAGAGUGAAAGCAGAAAUGCUGCAAAAAGGAUGCGGUUGGAUAGACAGCAGGACGAGGCUGCUCCAGCUGACAAACAGUACAAACAGGAGCCAGCCCAGGUCACUUACUCAACAUCAGCUGUUUCCAGCACACAGGAGGUGUUGUACAUCAAUGGCAAUGGGACCUACAGUUACCAUAGUUACAGAGGGCUCGGAGGUGGGCUGCUAAAUCUCAAUGAUGCUUCUAGCAGUGAUCUGCAGCCUACCUCCACCACAGCCGCAACUCAGCACUGCAUCCCAGGCACCACAAACGUCCAGUCCCCUUCCAGCUCAGGUCCAACAGAUCUCAGUAUGAAGAGGCAGUUAGCAACCAGCUCUGGAUCCUCCAGUAGUUCAAGCUCUAGACCCCAGCUGAGUCCAACUGAAAUAAAUGCAGUGAGGCAGCUUGUGGCAGGGUAUCGAGAAUCAGCCGCAUUUUUAUUGCGUUCUGCAGAUGAACUGGAAAACCUUAUUUUGCAGCAGAACUGAGUCAUGUGACCUUCACACUGGCCUGGUCUUAUCUCAGAGUUUCCACUAAUGACAUUUUGAUUUCACAGAGCACACACUUCAGUUACUGCACAGUCUUUUAGGAGAGUUAAUUACCAUAAUGCCACACUGUUCUUGAUCCAUAAAGUGAUGUGUUAAGGUGCUUCAAGUGAACUUCGACCUCUGGUAUUUCCGAGGUACUUUACUGUGUCCAGCCUAUUGCUUUUGUUUUAGUGUGUCAGCAUAAAUAUCAAAAAAGUGGCUAGAAAUUAACUCAUUCUAACAAGUGGAGGAAACAGAAGAUGCUGUGAUGGUUUUAAAAAAAAAAAAAAGGUUCAAGAUCCAAGUGCAAUAUUAGUGGAAUGUGAUACUGACUCAUUGGACUUAAAGCUGCAGUAUAUGGCAAAACGUUGCCAAAUGUCCUGUCGCUACAGGGCACAAUUGCAAUUAAAAGGAUCUUGUAUUUUAAAAAAAUGUAAUUUUUAUAAAAAGCAAAACAAAAAAUUUUUGUUUUCAUUCAAGAUUUUUCAUUUUUACUUUGGUAAACUUUUUCACUGGUCCUGAAAAUGUUUUGAGGAGCUAUUGUAAGUCCCCCCUCCUUCCUCUCUUGAAACCCCUGACUGUGCCCUUCUCCCCAACUUCAUAUUCUUUCUACAACGAGUAACUCUUGAUGCUGGAUAAUUCUUCCCCCGUGUACUGUAAAUUGUCAUCUGUGGAAUAUCUUCCAAAGGAAGCAUGCAUUUCCUGCAUUCAUACCAUUCUCAACUCCAUUCUGUAAUAUAUUGCAGCUUUAUUAGCAAUUAAUAAAGAGUUGAGGGUUUUUUAAAAAAGACAUAUCAUUGAGAAAAAGAAAAAAAAAAGAUAAAUUGAUUUCUUACGGUAAGCUCAUCUAACUCCAUGAUCACUGCUGCUGUCCUGUACAAGUCCCUCUAGUUGUGAUUGGAUGUAGAUGAUGAAUGUUAAGAGGUUGCAAGUGACAAUCUGAAAAUUUGCACUCUUGUGUGUAUUUAUUUUUUUUUCCUUAAUUUAAACAAAAUUCUUACGGAGGAAGGUCAUUGACACUUCUGGUAUGAUUUGUAUAAUACAAAUACAGGCCUAGCUAAAACCUGUACAAAACUGUAAAUGGAUGCAGCUGCAAGUAUAAUAAAACUCUUCUCUCCCCUUCCCCACUCUUCCCAACCCCUCUAUUUCUUAUUUUAUAAUAUUGAUUACACAUUAAUGGUGUUUUCUUUGUGCACUACGGCAGGCUUUUUUUAAGUAUAUAGUAAAAAGUACUUUAGUUUAUGCUUACUGUACUAUCUGUUCUGUUGUUUAGCUUUUGUUGAAUAACAAGUUUCUUGUGCAUUCCUAAAUUUGCCUUAUUUCAUGUACAAAAUUUUAUGUAAUUCCGUUUUUGACAAUGAGUUUAAGGCAUCAGUGAUAUUUUAUAUCUACUUGUUACAUAUAGUUUUCCAAGUAAUGACUGUGAUUGUGACCAAGUAAUGUGCACUUUUUCUUGUAACUUUGGACAUUGCUAUGCUUUUUUUUCUCUAGUGUUUCUAGAAUUACUGUUGCUUACAGUUAUGUAAAAGAAAAAGAACUUUUGUGAUACUGUUGGUGAAUAUUAAUGUGAAAAAGCCUAUGAAAUAUGAGUAUUUUGGAGGUACAUAGAUACACAAACAUCUCUAAGUUGUGGACUGAUGUUCACAUAUUUAAACAAGAAUUCAAAACUUGAGGGCUGGAAUCAUUUCCUCUGUUUUGUUUGGGUAAAUAAACA